AUACCGUACACACUAAGGAACUUCCAUUUCUAUAACCGUGGUGAUGGCAGCGCUAGUACGUAGGAUACGUGCUCUUUAGCCUUUGACUAGAGGCCUGCCCCUUAACUUUCUGUGGCGGGAGAUUCCAGCAUGGCUGUUCAACCUAAAGAGAAGCUGACUAUAGACAGCGCUUCCGAGCCUGGCUUUCUUUCUUUUUAUUUCUCUAUGCCAGAGAAGCCAGACACAACUGUGCGUGUGUUCGACAGGAGCGAUUAUUAUACUGUACACGGAAAAGAUGCUUUAUUUGCUGCAAAGGAGGUGUUCAAAACUAACGGUGUCAUUAAAUAUCUGGGCUCAGGGAGCAAGAAACUUGAGAGUGUGGUUCUCAGUAAAAUGAACUUUGAGUCCACGGUGAAAGAUUUGCUGCUUGUUCGUCAGUACAGAGUUGAAGUAUACAAGAAUAAGGCAGGAACUAAAUCAUCCAAGGACAAUGACUGGUACUUGGCAUUUAAGGCUUCUCCAGGUAAUUUAACGCAAUUUGAAGAGAUCCUGUUUGGCAACAAUGAUAUGUCUUCUGCUGUUGGUGUUGUUGGCAUUAAGCUAGGAACUGCCGAUGGACAAAAAGUAGUUGGAGUUGGCUAUGUUGACUCUACUUUAAGGAAGCUUGGUGUCUGUGAAUUUGCAGAUAAUGACCAGUUCUCGAAUCUAGAAGCACUACUUGUACAGAUUGGGCCAAAAGAGUGCGUGCUUUCGAGUGGGGAAACUGCAGGAGACAUGGGGAAACUAAGACAAAUUGUCCAGAGAGGAGGAAUUUUAAUUACAGACAGGAAAAAAUCUGAUUUCACAACAAAGGAUGUUGUACAAGACCUCAAUCGUCUGCUGAAAGCUAAAAAAGGUGAACAGGUUACAAGUGCUGCACUACCAGAAAUGGAAAAGCAGGUUGCUGUAUCUGCAAUUUCUGCUGUGAUCAAAUAUCUGGAACUCUUAUCAGAUGAAUCCAAUUUCGGACAGUUUGCUUUCUCAACAUUUGACCUUUCUCAGUAUAUGAGACUGGACAAUGCUGCUGUUAAGGCGCUUAACUUAUUCCAGAGCUCCUCUGAAGAUGCAAGUGGUACUCAGUCUUUGGCAGGAUUACUGAAUAAGUGCAGAACUCCUCAGGGACAGCGACUAGUUAAUCAGUGGAUUAAGCAACCCCUUAUGGACAAAAGCAAGAUCGAAGAGAGGCUGAAUCUGGUAGAAACUUUUGUAGAUGAUGCAGAGCUUCGUCAGAGUCUUCAGGAAGAUCUUCUUCGGCGAUUUCCUGACUUGAACCGAUUGGCAAAAAAGUUUCAGCGACAGACAGCCAAUUUGCAGGACUGCUACAGAACUUACCAGUGUGUCAGCCAUCUUCCUAGUGUUGUACAGACUCUGGAGAAGUAUGAAGGAAAUCAUCAAAUGUUGCUUUUAGAUGCUUUUAUCACUCCACUCAAUGAUCUUAUAAAAGAUUUCUCCAAGUUCCAAGAAAUGAUAGAAACCACUCUGGACAUGGCACAGAUUGAAAAUCAUGAAUUCCUUGUGAAGCCUUCCUUUGACCCAAACUUGACAGAACUGAGAGAAAAAAUGGAUGAACUAGAAAAGCAGAUGCAGUCAGCUUUGAAUAUUGCUGCUAGAGAACUGGGUCUUGAAGCGGGCAAAAGCGUGAAGCUGGAGUCAAAUGCUCAGGUGGGAUAUUAUUUCAGAGUCACCUGUAAGGAGGAGAAAGCUUUGAGAAACAACAAAAAGUUCACAACCAUAGAUAUCCAGAAGAAUGGAGUGAGAUUUACAAACAGCAAAUUAAGUACAGCAAAUGAAGAAUAUGUGAAGAACAGAGAAGAGUAUGAAGAGGCUCAAAACGCAAUUGUGAAGGAGAUCAUUAAUAUUUCAUCAGGGUAUGUUGAGCCACUCCAGACUCUCAAUGAUGUCAUCGCUCAGCUGGAUGCUGUUGUCAGUUUUGCUAACGUCUCUAAUAGUGCACCUGUGCCUUAUGUGCGUCCUGUCAUUUUGGAAAAGGGUCAAGGACAGCUUGUUCUAAAGGCUUCAAGACAUCCUUGCAUUGAAGUGCAGGAUGAGAUUGCAUUUAUACCUAAUGACGUUACGUUUGAGAAAGGCAAACAGAUGUUCCACAUCAUCACUGGUCCUAACAUGGGAGGAAAGUCUACCUUUAUUCGGCAGACUGGUGUGAUUGUUGUCAUGGCUCAGAUUGGUUGUUUUGUACCAUGCGACUCAGCAGUGAUCAGCAUUGUCGACUGUGUUAUGGCUCGAGUUGGUGCAGGAGAUAAUCAGAUUAAAGGAGUGUCCACUUUUAUGGCUGAAAUGUUAGAAACUGCAGCCAUUUUGCGGUCAGCUACAGAAAACUCUCUCAUAAUUAUUGAUGAACUGGGAAGAGGGACCUCUACUUAUGAUGGCUUUGGACUGGCCUGGGCAAUAUCUGAAUACAUUGCUAGAAAGAUUGGCGCUUUCUGCAUGUUUGCAACUCAUUUCCAUGAACUGACAGCACUUGCUGACCAAGUACCAGCUGUGAAUAAUUUGCAUGUGACAGCACUGACCACAGAUGAUACGCUAACUAUGCUGUACCGCGUCAAGAAAGGUGUUUGUGACCAGAGUUUUGGAAUCCAUGUGGCAGAGAUGGCUAAUUUUCCCAAGCAUGUUAUUGAGACAGCCAAAGAAAAAGCAUUAGAACUGGAAGAGUUCCAGAACAUUGGCAAAUCUGAGGAUUGUGAAGAGGAGCCAACAGCCAAGAAGCGCCGUCUGGAAAAAGAGGAUGGAGAAAACAUAAUUCAAGCCUUCCUAGCCAAAUUCAAGGUACUUCCCAUCACAGAAGCAACUGAAGAAGAAAUUAAAAUGCACCUAAGACAACUGAAAGCUGAAGUCUUAGCUAAAAAUAACAGUUUUGUUAAUGAAAUAAUUUCCAGAGCAAAAACUAAUGUAGUAUGAAAAAUAAGAAAACACUACAGCCAUAAUCAGAUAUACUGUCUUUGACAUUUCAGUUCAUUGUAAAUAGCACGCACUUUUAUUUUUGUACUUAUCUGUUAUGUAAUGUUCUGAAGUUGUGAAACUUAGUAUAAAAUAUGCUUUUUUCUAA